AUGCCAUACCGCUUUGAGAUUGCCGCGCAGGGCCGUGCUGGCUGCAAAGCCCCGGAAUGCAACAAAGAGAAGGUCAAGAUCACGAAGGGCGAAUUUCGUGUUGGCACCUGGGUUGAUGGCCCAGGCUUCCAGAGUUGGUCCUGGCGCCACUGGGGCUGUUUUACCCCCAAACAAAUUCAGAACGUCAAGAAUGACAUCACUGGAGUCUCUGAUGAUCCUGAUUUCUCUCACAUUGACGGCUAUGAUGAGCUGAACGAGGACCUCCAAGCCAAGGUUCGCAAGGCCAUCGAAGUGGGUCACAUCGAAGACGACGAGUGGAAAGGCGAUGCUGUGUGCAACCGCCCUGGACAUGCCGGCAUGCGUGUCAAGAAUGGCAAGGGCAAGGCCAAGGCUGCUGAGUCCGAGGAAGCUGAGCAGUCCUCUCCUGGCAAGAAGCAUGGUCUGACCGACCCUGAGAAUACGGACGAGGAGCCCACCACCAAGAAGAAGAAAACUCGCGGCAAGAAAGCUACUGACAACGAUGAUGCUAUUGCCGAUGCUGCUAUCGUUGAGACUGAGCCCGGCGCUAAGAAGCCUGGCCGUCCCCCCAAGAAGACUGCCGCUGAGGCAGAUGCCAACGUCGAGCCCAAGAAGCCUGGCCGUGGCCGUCCAAAGAAGGUUUCGGACGAAGAGAGUCCCGAUUCUGACAUCAAGCUCGAAGUCAAGGUCAAGGUCGAGACCAAGAAGGGUGGCCGUCGUGCAAAGAAGGUUUCGGAAGAUGAAGGUGCUGAUGCCGACACUGAAAUGUCUGCUAAACCAAAGCAGCGCGCUACUCGCGGCAAGAAGCCCAUCGAGGAGGAAAGCGCCUCCACCGACAAUGAGCCCAAGGACAAACCUACCAAGCGUUCCCGUGCUAACAAAGCUACUACCUUUAAGACUAUUGCUACUGACAACGAUUCCGGCGAACUUGACCAUGCCGAUCAGGAUCAGCCAAAGAAGGAUUCAGACGAGACCGCCACUGAGCCCAAGACUCGUCCAACUCGCGCAACUCGCGCAACUCGUGCCAAGAAGGAUCUCAACAAUGAUGUUUCUUCUGUCGACAAGGAUGUCUCCUCUAUCGACAACGAGACUGGCUUUGCUAAUGGUGAGACCAAGAAGUCUACCGCUCGUACCGAGGCUGCCAAUGGUGCAAAUGGCAAGAAAGGUCCGAAGGCUACCAAUGAAGCCAAAACCAGUGGAUCGGAGGCUUAUGAUGAAUCGACCGAGAAGCCCAAGCGCACCCGCACUGCCAAAAACAAGACCAACGGCAACAAUGGCACCUCUGAGAACAAGCCUAAGCAAACGCGUACCCGCAAGCCCGCUGCAACCAAGCCUACCCAGAAACCUACCGAGGAGGUUGCUGAAGCCCCCAAGACUAUCAAAGAGAAGCCCAAGGCCAAAAGUCGCAAGCCAGCCGCCGCGAAGGUAACCGAUGAGUCCGCUGACCAGGGUGCCGGGGAGCCUGCCGAAUCCUCCACUGAGCAAUCUGCCAAUGGCACCGCUGUGAAGUCUGAGGACGGUCCGGAGAAUGCUUCCCCCGGCAUCGCCAAUGAGUCUAUCGUUGAAGCUCCUGAGAAGGUCGUUUAG